UUUUCUGCGCGUUCGUCGGUUUUGUUCUGAGCGCGUAUCUCGGUGCUGCCGUGCAUCCCGCUGCCCGUUAUAUAGCGGUGCAGCGUAGAGGCAUUUCUGCGCCUUAUAUAUAUAUCAGCGAAUCGCGCUGGGAUUACCGGUGCAGAAUAGCAGACGCAUAUAACGCAUGUGUGUUUGGUCUUUAUAUAACUCUCCUAACUUGUGUGUGCAGCAGGCCGUUUAUUUAUCGCGGACGAGCCUGUAUGUGGGAUAUAUGUGACGAUCGGACCAGCAGGCGUGUUGUACGUGCGCUACACUGUACGUUCGAACAUAUUCGUUACUACAACAUCAGAUGCCGUGCCGGCUGCUGUAAGGUCACCGGACAACCGACGACGAAAUCUGUGUAUAUCACUGCGACGAGAUACGGCGGAGGCGGUGGCGUCAUCCUUUAUCGAUCUACAGCUGCUCGUUUAUCCGUAUGCUGACCGUAUAUAUACGCGUUGAUGAGAGUGAACGACGGAAUCCACCGAUCUUCAAGCGAGUGAGCGACGAGGAGUACUCAGAUCGGUCUCGUUUAGCUGCGGCGAUGGAGGGAGCGGUACACACCGCCCCCGGAGAUAUAUGCUAGCCAACAUAAUGCAUAUAAACAUGGCAGCAGUCGGUCUAGAUAUUAACUGCGGCGAUCGAUAGAGUUAUAACCGUAUAUAAGCACAUAUAUCGCAUGCGGCUUCAUACUACGCAACAGAGUGUGAACAAACAUGGCGGGGACACCGGGGGAGCAGUCUGCGUGUAUGUCAGCUGGCCUCGAGCAGCUGCAACAGCUCGCUUCCUCCAUGCGCCACAUGACCGAAUCGUUCACCUACGCUAUAGAGACGUUCGCGAACAUACAAGGAUGCGGACAGGCGACGGGAAGCCAUAACUCACGUGAACACGGGGAAGGUGUCCAGCAGGGAGGAGGGCAUGGCAGCGUCCAGCAAGGAGGAGGUCAUGGCAGCGUCCAGCAGGGAGGAGGGCAUGUAAGCGUCCAGCAGGGAGGAGGGCAUGGCAGCGUCCAGCAGGUAAGACCAUUGGCUACGCGUGGACAUGUCACUGCCACUACCGUCAACAGGGCCGAGCGCCAUGAUGUCCUCGAUCCUAAAAGUCCGCCCCUGACUGAAGGCCCGAUCGUCACGAGUGCUGUAUCUAUAGCCGGCGUAGAUAGGGAGGCAACUAGACUCAUCUGGCCGCAAGAUGUUGGACAAGUGCAGGGUGCCGAGAAUUCCUCGUCUGCUGGGUCUGCGAACUCGUGCACCACCCGUAAGCGGCUCCUUACUCUCACUGGAACCACGCGGCUCUCCCACCAAGCUUCGAUUCCAUCCCCGCCAUCUGGUCCUUAUAGGAGCGACACUGGCGCCGCGUUACGAGACAAUGCGCAAACGCUGGACACGGCCGGGCUGGACGGCACGAUUUCACUAUGUGGGAAGCACGCGUCCCAACACUACGGUGCGCCUACAGACGACGUCACGGAGAUCAUUGAUGAGGCAUCCCUAGCUGUCGCGGUUACGCACAGCAGUGGCAGCGGUCAACAGGAAGAGUGGAGAUCACAGAUGGGGAAAGAUGACAGCCAGGUAUUACAACUGAAAACGUUCGAACUUCCUGUCAAGAGAAGAAAGCAAGCAUUCACCAAGGAUCACGUGAAGGAAGUGCUUGUAUUUCCACCGUUUGACAACAUUACCUACGUCGGUAUUUCAAUCCCAAGAGGCGACACCAGAGAGCGCCUCGCCCAUAGAGGACUUGUUUCAAGGAUGACUAUACAUUGGAGUUGGACCAGUCACAAGAUAAAACAGGAGAUAACAGCGCUAUUUAGGAAGCAGUUUGGAUUGGCUGAGGGCGAGCUGCUGCCCUACACCUACCUCAGGACGCUCCCAGGAACAAAGAGAUUGUGCCAACCCGACGUGCCUCCAACAUUAGAAUGGAACGCCCGGGAAGUGUUGACCGCAGCAGGCCAGGGGGCUCUGUAUAUAAUGUCACAUAUCCACCCAGCAGAAAACGUCAUCGACCUUACUCAGGAGGACGCCAACACUGCAGCGCUACAUGUGAAAGACGUUGCUAAAAUAGACACGGCAAUGGUUUUUUCUGAGGUCGCAGACCGAGUAAUUCAGUCGCUAGAGCAUACGACGGCUACUUCGAACACGUUUGUGAUGUGUGAGUAUGGUGCGGCGGACGGCCUCGUGUCGGGGAAGCUCAUGCAGACAGCUACCGAACUUCUGUAUAGCAAAGGCUUCCAAGUUCAGCUCGUUUACCAAGAGGACCGCCGCUGUAUGCGUCACAGGCUUGUCGACACGACACAAUUAGUUUUACAGAGGCGGAGUCAGGCACUCGUACUGAUGAGCGGCGCAUCAUUUUACGGAGAGGUGAUGCCCCGGUGCUCCGUGGACUUUGCAUUCUCCUUCGCUUCCCUGCAUCGUUUGUCCGAGAGGAACUCUUUACCCAAGUCGCGCCUGCGCAACGGCAUGUCAGAUGUGAUGACAUGCGAGGAUAAGCAGCAAGCUAGUACCGACUGGGAAACGGUGUUGCUCAAAAGAGCGGCGGAAUUGAAAUGUGGUACGCUCCAAAUUAUAGCCGUUUUAAUUAGUUAUUGAAAUUCUAAUUUUAGAAUCGGGCUCAACCUGAGACUCAAAUUUUCACCAGUUAUUA